AUGACCAUGGUCCGGCCAUACCCCCCGCAGCCGCCGUCGCAGCUUCCCUCCACCCCAGGCUACAGCAACAUGGCGCCUGCCCCGUCACACGCCUCCUACCUCCGCAAUGGCCCUACCCCCGACGGCCGCAGCCUCGCCCAACACUCUAUCCCCCAACAAUACGCCCAUCCGCUAUCUAGACACAGUGCGUACGGUUCGCCGCCCUCCGACACGGGCCGCACUCCCAAGCCUGCAGAGCACAUGCUGCGUCGCAAGACGCCAAAUGGUAUUCUGGCCGCCGCAUACGAUGGCACAUCUGUCGAAACCAACGGAGAGCCCCACGCGACAAAGCACAUUUUGCUUCCUGUGACCGCCGAAUCCGGCAUGCCCUAUCGCAUUAACAAAGACCUCCCUCUCCGCUCACCAGCACUUCAUCGUGGUCAUGCCCAGAAUCACAGAGAUGUGCUGGAAUGGAGUGCGAGCCGUUACUUUGAAACGGGUUCUGGCCUCUCUGCCCAACACUUACCACAGAUUGAUUCGAUGCUCAGUCAAAUACCUCCGUUGCAACCCCUUGAGCCCUACCAGAUGUAUGGCAAUCCUUUCUGCGGCCCCAUGGGGCCUCCAUUUCAGACCCCCCUGAACCCCACAGUCUCCAACGAUCAAGGGCCAUAUGGCCCGUAUUGGCACGAUGGCACGUACAUUCCCUAUCGGCCUGCUGCCAUGCGCGAUCCUCGAUUUUUGCAUCACCCUAAUCACAACUGGAGUCAUUCACAUAGCAACCCCUUUGCAGGUCACCCAUACAGUAAUGUCAUGCCCAAUCUUUCACAUCAUCAGCCGAAUCCUGUUCAAUUAGACUAUGCACAUGGCGCCUACGGCCGCGCCCCAAGGCCGCAACUGGAGUUUUCGCCAUAUGCGCAGCCCCAUGCAAAUGUUGCAUUGGACUAUCAAAAUCAGCUUCUCCCUCCGCCACCUACUCAACGCCCUCAAGACUUUUUACAUUCUGGUCAAACAACACCUAUCGCUGAGCACAUGCCCAGCAUUCCGCUCGAUGACUUUAGUGCAUUACCUCCGAGCGAACAGCCAAGGGAAAAGGUCUUUGCUUGGGCCCAUGCCGUCUACGUAGACAUGCUUAGACAUCUACAAGCAACAAGAAAGACUAAUUCACAUCCUCAUGGCCGCACACAUCAGCGGCCUCACAUUUACCCCAAACCCCCACGGCAACCUGGAGGCAGUGUUUCUGGUCCUUCCGUCAGCGGCAUGCCGUCUCUAGAACGACGUGUAUCGUGUCCAGUCCCUAACCACUAUGCAUCACCUCAACCUGGAUCAGAAUUCGUGCACAAGAGACCGCAAAUGCCGCAUUCACGUUCGUUAUCAGCAUGGUCAGUUGGGGGUCCUGGUCCGAAUAGCCAGCCGUGGCAAGGAGGUAUGCCACUACAACAUUCUAUGCAGCCUCAUACUCCAGCUAUCGAACCACCGCGGACCUUACGUCGAAUGUCUGGAUCGGUUGCCGGCGUUCACCAGAGCCUCCAACACGGUGUACCUCCAAGCGUGACCACUGCUUCUGCCCUAGAGGCCAUCACCAAACACUGCGAAGAAAGUAAAUGGACUUGGAUAGAUGGUAUUCUUCUAGGUGGCUGUCUGGCUUACGCGCUAGGUGACUACCAAAAAGCUCAAGACUGGUACAAGCAUAUUUUGACCUUGGACAAAGACCAUGUCGAAGCCAUUUCGAAUUUAGCGGCUACCAUGCUUGCUCUUCAGCAAAAGCGUGAAGCUGAGAGCCAUUGGAGGCGCGCUGUCAAAUUACGUCCAAGCUAUUUCGAGGCCGUCGAGCACCUCAUUGGUCUCCUCUGCAGUGAUCACAAAGGACGAGAGGCGGUUCAGGUUAUUGAAGACGUCGAACGUCAGCUGAGAUUCGUCAAGCGAGGAGAUGCCCUGCGAAGUCUUGAAGCGCAAAGCGAGCGUUCAGCCUCUACCUACAGCGAGUCGAGCCUUUCCGAAGCAUCUGAUCGCCCCAUUUUCGAAUUCGAAGGCGAAGAUUCCUCAGUCUUCAAGGAGCUAGACGAGCUCCCUGGCUCGGAUCAACCAGGCUUCGGCUCGAGCGGAUAUGCCAUUGCAGGCUGCGAUAACGGUCGUAUUCUCGCACUGGUACACGCCAAAGGCAAUAUGCUCUACGCACUUGGCGAUAAUGCCGCCGCUGCCAGAGCCUUUGAAGACGCAGUCCUUAUCGGAACUGGACCACACACCAAUGGCAUCGAUGGCCUUAUCAAGCGCAUUCUUGCCGUUGUUGGAUACGACGUUGCGGAACGCUCACCAGGUGGACGCCGUGUGCCACCCUCGUCCGAUCCGAUUCUGCUGCCGCCCGAUGCAGCUACUAGGACAGCUCAGCUUUGCUUCCCGCCUCAUGGCCAGCUCCCUGGUCUGAAACAUGUUUCUAGUGAGGGCCUUUCGAGGAAAGCAGCUAUAUCGACGAUGAGCAACUCGUUGCUCUCAUUAGCCAAGAUCUUCCAAGACGGCAUGGCUACCAACUCGCCAAAGACUCCAUCGUAUCAGAGUACCCACGGUGUCCGGGAGAUCCUGGCCCUUUAUUACUUAUCACUAUCCCUUCAGCCCAGUCCAUCAACAGCUAACAAUGUCGGUAUCUUACUUGCCAGCGUGCAACAAUCUGCUCCUGCGAAACCGAGUCCUGUGUCGCACGCUUUUGCUCAGCCCCAGAUACCUGGCUUAGUCCCGGGCAGUGGCGUUGCUCUUGCCCUUGCAUACUAUUCCUACGGACUUCAGUUGGAUUCGUCCCACGCUCACCUGUACACGAACCUCGGAAGUCUCUUGAAGGACAUUGGACAACUGGAUUAUGCCAUCAACAUGUACGAAAAGGCUGUCCAAUGUGAUCAAGGAUUCGACAUUGCUCUCGCAAAUCUUGCCAAUGCCGUCAAAGACAAAGGCCGGAUCGCCGAUGCAAUCUUCUAUUAUCGCAAGGCGGUCAAGUCGAGUCCUGACUUUGCGGAAGCUGUUUGUGGGCUUGCUAAUGCUCUCAACUCAGUUUGUAACUGGGCUGGCAGAGGUGGAAUAGCCGACGAUCACGGCUCCAGAGACCGCUGGCACGUCAACGAGAAUGGCAUGCUUUUGGACGCCACUCUCCCAGGUGCCUCCAGUUCUGGAUGGAUCCACAAGGUUGUCAAGUUGGUUGAGAAGCAGCUUGCCGAUGGCGAGGACUGGGGCAGAGGUGUUAUGGACGAUUACUUCAUCCAGGACAUCAUGCGUCCUUUCAUUCUCACUGGCACCAACGCACAAGACAUCAAAGAGAAAGAGGAUAGCAUGAGACGGGUACUGACCAAAUGGAAGGGUCAAAAGUGGGAAGGUGCUCGCAUCGUUCGCCUUGUUGAGCGUGCCAUAAGAUGGAUGACCUGGCAGUGGUACCAGGAUCGACAUGUGACUGGACAGCAGCGACCGUCAUCCUCAUACAGAAGACCCCAGCUCCCAGCGGGUUUGACGAUACCUGCAGCCCCAACUGUACUGCCUUUUCACACCUUCACAUGCCCCAUGUCGGCCAAACAAAUUCGCCUAAUAUCGCAACGGAACGGUCUGCGCAUCUCAUGUUCGACGUUGAGGGUUCCCUGGCUCCCACCGACUGUUUAUCAACCCCCUGCUCCACCGAGGCCAUAUCUGAAAGUUGGUUACGUAUCUUCAGAUUUCAACAACCAUCCACUAGCACAUCUGAUGCAAUCUGUGUUUGGAUUGCACGACCCGAGCCGUGUAAAGGCAUAUUGUUAUGCGACCACUGCAAGUGACGGAUCCGAACACCGCAAGCAGAUUGAGAAGGAAUCUCCAGUCUUUUACGACGCCAGCAGUUGGUCUGCGGAGCGAUUGGUCCACCAGAUCACCAGUGACGGCAUACAUGUUCUUGUGAACCUCAACGGAUACACCAGGGGAGCAAGGAACGAAGUAUUCGCCGCCCGUGCCGCCCCCAUCCAAAUGGCCUUCAUGGGUUUUGCGGGUACCCUUGGCGCCGAAUGGUGCGACUAUUUGCUUGCUGAUGAUACUGCCGUGCCCCCAGACACUCUCCGUCAAUGGCGCCGUAACAUCGACCUUGAAGAUGCGUUGGUGGAUGACAAUAGCGGCGGUACGGACGACAGGUGGAUAUACGGAGAGAACAUCGUCUUCUGCAGGGACACGUUCUUCUGCUGUGAUCACAGACAGAGUGCUCCAGACUCCCAAGGUCGACAGCCAAACUGGGAAGAAGAGCAACAACGAAGAUGGGCGAUGCGCAAAGAAAUCUUUCCCAACCUUUCAGACAACGCCAUCAUUCUUGCAAACUUCAACCAGUUGUACAAGAUCGAACCCACGACGUUCCGCACUUGGUUGCGCAUUCUUGAGAAGAUUCCCAACGCCGUUCUCUGGCUACUACGAUUCCCCGACCUUGGCGAGACGAACCUCAAGCAAACAGCUCUUAUGUGGGCAGGCGCAGAAGUCGCCAGCCGCAUCAUGUUUACCGAUGUUGCCCAGAAACAUCAGCACAUUUCUCGAGCACGUGUCUGCGAUCUGUUCCUCGACACACCCGAGUGCAACGCUCAUACAACGGCUGCAGACGUGCUUUGGUCCGGUACGCCGUUGCUAACCCUACCACGAUACAAGUACAAGAUGUGCUCUCGAAUGGCAGCAUCCAUUCUCAAGGGCGCAUUGCCUAAGACGCCUGCGGGUGCACAAGCCGCGAAAGAGCUUAUCGCAUCCAGCGACGAAGAGUACGAGGAUAUGGCUGUCCGCUUAACACGCGAUUACAAGUACGAGGGUCACCGAUCCACUGGACGACUCAGUGAAUUACGACGUAUGCUCUACGAGUCACGGUGGACCAGCCCUCUUUUUGACACCAAGAGAUGGGUUCGGGAUUUAGAAGAUGCAUACGAAAUAGCAUGGAAGAAAUGGGAAAAGGGUGAAGGCGGUGACAUCUGGCUGAAGCAUUGA